UCCCCCACCCCCACCUAGGGUUCCCCUUCUCCCUGCUCAACCGCCGCCGCCGUCCCGAACCCUCGCGCACUCGCCCUCCAACCCUCCGCCGCCGCCGCUCCACAGCCCCCCCGCCGUCGUCGACAUGGGUAAGGUGCACGGAUCGCUGGCCCGUGCCGGGAAGGUCCGCGGGCAGACGCCCAAGGUCGCGAAGCAGGACAAGAAGAAGCAGCCCCGCGGCCGCGCCCACAAGAGGAUCCAGUACAACCGCCGCUUCGUCACCGCCGUCGUCGGCUUCGGCAAGAAGCGCGGCCCCAACUCCUCCGAGAAGUAGGCGCGCCGCACCGCUGAGCCAAGAAAAAGGCUCUUCCUUUGCGCUAGUUUUCCUCUCGUUUGUUGUUACGCAAGAUUAUGAUGAUGGAAGAGACAUUACUGAAGUGUUAAAGUAUGCAUGUUUUGCUUAGUUGAAGAAUCUGAGAUAUUGUGGUAUGGGUUCAUGGCUUAAA